GUGACAUAUUUGAAAAGUACCCAGACGGAAAUCGCCUCUUCCAAAUCCGCAGGCAAAGCGAUCAACCGCAGAGCCGCAAAAUGAGAAGCGCCGUGGUGAUUCUGAUCCACAAAGUGCUGGACGGCCAGAUCGUGUCCAGCAUCAUGGACGAGAACAGAGGCAGCCCCCUAGUGAUCCGCAGCCUGGCCAAGAAGACGGGGCCCCAAUUCGAUUUGGAGGGCUACGAUGAGGCGAAAGUGUGCCUGAAUUUCGCCCACUUGUUGGCGGACGAUACGAUAACAAUUCGAGCUGUGGGGGAGGAGGCGCUUGAGUCGUCGCUGGUCAUGGGGUUGAACUUUCCCACCUUAACCAAGUGCCAGAACUGCGAGACGAAUUUCCCCACCAAGUACCAGUAUCAAAGGCACCAGUGCGACUUCAAUGAGGAAAAGCUGGUUUACAAGAAUCCAGACGCACCCGCUGAGAAAAAUGAGCGUCAAUCACGGUUACAUGAAUGUCCCGUGUGUUUCAAGGGAUUUGCCACUAAAGCCAGCAUGGAGAAACACCAUUCCACUUGCCACUUGGGCAACGACAGCAUCUGCGAGUUCUGCAACAAGCACUUCGUAACGGACAAUCGGCUGCGCAUCCACAAGGAGAACCACUGCAAGAAGGCGGGGAAGAUCUCCAAGUUCUACCGCAGCGAUGUGACGGUGUGGAAGUGCAAAAAGUGUCAUGAGGUGUUUUCUUCGGUGGACAACGCCCAGCAUCACGUGCGGCUUUGCCAGGACGCCGCCCAGUUGCUCUCCAUGGACGACGAGCUCUCCUUCUCCAAGCACGUGGAGACGAUUUCCACGGAAAUCCUCCUGCAAUGUGAGUUCUGCAACCGUAGCUUCUCCGACAAAAACCUGCUGCUGAUGCACCAGCGCAAGCACACCACGGCUAAGAACUACGAGUGCGUGAACUGCGAGCAAGUCUUCGACUCCUACACGCUGGCGGCUUCGCAUUGGAUAAAGCGCUGCACCGAGUUCGCCAACGUGUUCUUCCUGCCCAAGCUCUCCUUCUGCGAGUACUGCGACCGCACGUUCAAGUCCCACGAAAUCCUCUACAACCACAAGAUCAAGCAGAAGCACUAUACUCCCAAGCUCCACAUUUCCCUCAACGAGGAGAGCCCCAUCAAUCGCCCCCACACAACUGUGGAGAGCCAGAAAAUCAUCAACCGACUCAUACAGGAUGUGCUCAAAACUCUGGAGGUUCCAGUUAGUUCCAUCAACAAUGCCAGUGAAGCUGGGGCUAGUGAGAUUAAAACUGAGCCAGUUAGCGACAACUCAUGCAGCGCCAGCCAGGAGCAAGGGAACCGAUCCGAUAAGCGCCCCAAGAAGCGCAAGCCGCUACGAAGCGCCUCGAAGGCCAAGAAACACUGUCUGACUACUGAUAAAGGUUUCAAGUAUCAAUGCGAGCGAUGCAUCAAGGUUUUCAACAGCAUUUCCAGCCUGGAAUCGCAUCGAUCGGGCGAACAUGUCGCCACAUUUUGUUGCGAGGAGUGCGGCCAAACGUUAGGGAGCGCAAAGGCGCUCCUAAUUCACUGCAGGGCGCACAAGAGCCUCAAACCGUACGUCUGCGACACCUGUGGCAGGAGCUACUCCCAAACCUCCCACCUCUGGCAGCAUAUGCGGUUCCAUCAAGGCAUCAAGCCGUUUGCGUGUCCGCAUGAAGGGUGCGAAGCCCGAUACACGAUCCGCCCGGACCUCAAGGACCACAUUAGGAAGGUGCACACUAGGGAGCGCCCUUUCAAGUGCAGCGUUUGCAACAAGUGUUUCCUUACUGGGUCUGUGUAUUAUCAACAUCGGCUCAUCCACACGAAUGAUCGCCGAUAUGGAUGCCUGAUUUGCAAUAAGCGUUUCUUUAGGGCUGACGCCCUAAACAACCACAAGCGAAUCCAUACGGACGAGCGGCCCUACCCAUGUAACGUGUGCGGCAAAGAGUUUAGGCAAAAGGGCGAUCGCAACAAACACUUGCGCACCCAGCAUCCUGAUCUUGUUGGUACCCACAUUUAAAGCUGGAUCCGUUUGUUUAGUAGAACUUUGGGGUUUUUUAAGGGAAAGGUUUCACAUGGAUUCAGAGCGCUACCGAUGAGUAGCUAAUACACUACCUACUGUUGGCGUUAAUUCGCAA